AUGAGACAUUUGAGACUCCAAAAUUGUUCAAUUCAGCCUCCAUCUGCCUUCAGAGGAUUUGAUGAGUUAGUUAGCCUUGAACUGUAUGACAUAACAUUUUCAUCCGAAUUGCUUAAUAUUUUAAUCUCUCGUUGCCCGUUGCUCGAGAAGUUGGUGCUGCAAAUCUCAAGUAUUUUAAACCACAUCCAAAUUGAUGCUCCCAAGUUGAGAUCCUUCGACUUCAGUGGCGGUAUAAAUGAUAUUUCGUUGAUGAAAGCACCUCUUCUUGAGAAACUUUCACUUUUUAAUACAGCAGUACCUUCUGGGAAGGCUGGACAACUUGAUCUUGCCAAGUAUUUUGAGUCUUUUCCUGCUCUCGAGCAUCUCAACAUAGAUUACCUUAGUGUCCAGCAUCAGGCAACGUACCAGCAAAGCCUUCCUCUCCUCUUCAUUGUCUUAAACAUCUUUGCUUUGUUGCGGAAGCCAAAUGUGUAUUAUGCGGCAUUGAUUGAUCCUGUGCGCGGUGAUGUUGUCAAUGAUAUUCCUGCAAGCUUCUCAGAUGUGACACUGAAUCACCUCAGGGUUGUUAAGCUUGAAGGUAUUACAGGCACAAAGCCUGAAAUUGAGCUUAUCCAGCUUCUAUUAGCCAAGUCUCCUAUGCUGGUGAAAAUGCUAAUCCAGCCCAACAAAGGAAAAGUAUUUGCCGAAACGAGACUAAAGGUACUUGCAGAGAUAACAAAAUUUCCAAGAGCAUCACCUAAAGCAGAAGUUCACUAUAACGUAGAUAACAAUCUUGUUUGA